AAAUCUGCGCAGACGCCGUUUUAUCUUAAAUAAAGUAACAAAAAAAAAAUGAUGUAACCCGAGGGAAAUAAUUCAUUAAAUUAACUGUGAUAACUAAAUGACAUGUUAUGGCUAUCAUUUGAAUAAAUAAACAACAACAAUACUUUUGCGAUUAAAACAACAAAGCUGAAGCCAUCGAAAGUACUCGUUUUAACAUACUUCCAAUAGAAAUAGUGUUGGUUAUCUCGUACUUUCACCAGCAGCUCCGGUACAACUUCCAUAACCUGGAUUAUUGCGGGCACAUAUGACACGUCUUGUGUGCUCUAAGAAAAAAAAUUAUCCAAAGACGCGUGCGCGUAUGAACAUGACAGUUGUGUUGUUAGUAAGUGAUCAUCAUCAUCAUCACCGACAGCAACAGCAGCAAGACCUACCAAUUUUAUCCACUUUCUAAAUUAAAAAAAAUAUAUAAUUAGUUUUCCAAAAUGGAGUUGAUUGAAAAACAAAAAAAUUAUGUUUUUGUUUUAAAAAGUUUAUUUGCUGGUGGUGUCGCUGGAAUGUGUUCGAAAACUGCUGUCGCUCCUUUAGACAGAAUUAAAAUACUUUUACAAGCUCACAGUAAUCAUUAUAAACAUUUUGGAGUUUUUUCUGGUCUGAAAGAAAUAAUUCAAAAAGAAAAAUUCCUGGCACUUUACAAAGGAAAUUUUGCUCAAAUGAUUAGAAUAUUUCCUUAUGCAGCUACACAGUAUACGUCAUUUGAAAUAUAUAAAAAGUAUUUAGGAACCGUGUUUGGUAAAAAUUCUCAUAUAGACAAAUUCAUCGCUGGAUCAUGUGCUGGAGUGACGUCAGUGACUCUAACGUAUCCUCUGGACACUAUCAGAGCUAGACUUGCGUUUCAAGUCACCGGUGAGCAUAUUUACACCGGUAUUGUCCAUACCGCGGUGUCUAUUUUCAAAGAUGAAGGAGGAUUGACGGCAUUGUAUCGUGGAUUUUGGCCAACUAUACUGGGAAUGAUACCAUAUGCUGGUUUUUCAUUCUACUCAUUUGAAUAUCUCAAAUUUUUCUGUAUGAAGUACCUGCCUCACUAUUUAUGCAAUGACUGUCCAAGAAAUACCGGUGGCCUUGUUUUAACAUUACCGGCAAAAUUACUCUGUGGGGGAAUUGCUGGUGCUGUUGCACAAAGCUUCUCUUAUCCACUUGAUGUCACCAGAAGACGUAUGCAAUUAGCCAUGAUGGAUCCAGCUACGCAUAAAUACGGAUCGGGAAUGGUCUCGACGAUUAAAUUAAUUUAUUUUGAAAACGGAGUAACAAAAGGACUUUACAGGGGAAUGAGUAUAAAUUAUCUUCGUGCUAUACCAAUGGUGUCUGUUAGCUUUACGACUUAUGAACUGAUGAAACAAUUGCUGGAUUUAGACACCGGAAUGAAAAUUUAGUAGUUUAAUUACUUAUUUAUUCUGAUUAUUAUUUAACGGAUUGAAGUUUAUUUUAGAAAAUUAAUUUUAUUCCUUAAAAAGACAUGGUAUAUAUAUAUUUAGUAUCGAUUGUAAUUGUAAGUGUUGCAUUAGCUAAAAUAAUAAUUGCACUUUUAUACCUCAAGUAAAUGUUAAAAAUAAUAGUAAUAUAUUUUAUAUGCUGACUUUUAUAUAAAUAAAUUUACCUUUUGUAUUAAUAAUUGAAAAAUUGUUUUAAUUUAAUAAAUUAUUUAAAUAAUUACAAAUAUUAAAUUCAAGUAAUGACCUUUUUAUUUUUUUUUGACUAAAUUAAAUUUUAUAUGCAAGCGAAAAAAAAAGUUAACGCGUCAGCGUUAAAAAAACGCACAGUAAGCGUACUUAGAUAAGUAUAAACAUAAAUUACGUCUUAUCUAAAUAAUUGCCCGCUAUAGGAAUAUUAAAAUUUGACAAAUUAAUUUAUGUUAUAAAAGAUUUACAAAAAGUUAAAUAUAUAAAUUUAAAAUGCAUUCAUUUUUAUAAUUAUAAUUUAUAAUAAUAAUUAAUAAAUGUCUUGUAUAAGAAAAAAAUUUAAUUAUGUUUCACAUGUGUAGAUUGUUUAAUUAUUUUAUUUCAUUUUUUUUAAAAUAUAAAAUGAGAAAAAAAUGCACCGCUGAUAGCGGCAAGAUUUUUUUUUUAAUAUAUAUACUUGUUUUGUAUAUUAUUUUACAAUUGAAACCUAAUAAUGCGCAUCUACACAUUUCACGUUCGUUUCAGUACUCAUACCUAAUUUAUUAUUUAAAAGCCGCUCUAAACUAUCAUGAUUUUAUAAUAAUUCAAAUAAAAAUUAAUAACUAAAAAAAUAAAAAAAAAAUAGUGAAUAAAAAUUUAAAUUUAAUAAAUGUUUAUUUUACAUCGCCAAUAAUUGUAAGCACACGCGAUUGUUAAACACAAUUAUACUUAUUAAAUAUAAUUAUAUUUAAAAUAUAAUCACGCAUGAAUUUUAAUAAAAAUUAUUAUUAUUUGUUCAUAAUUUAUUUAAUAAUUUGACACAACGCAGGGUUGGUUUGAUAAGCAUCAAUUUAUCAUUAAUAAUUUUUAUUUAUAAUCUUAAUCAGUAAAAAGAUCGUCAAUUACUUAUUAUGAACAAUUGGAAAUUAAUUGUUUAUAUUUAUUUAUUUAUUUGAUUAAUUAAAUUAUAAAUAUGCUAUUUAAAAAAUGCACAUUUGUUUUUAUUUAUUUUUUUUUAUUAAUUCUCAUAGCUCGUUUACGGGGGACUUGAUGCAAAAGUGUUUUUACUACGUCUUAUUACCUAUUACAUUUUCUUACAUUCAUUAUUAUUAUUUUUAUAUUAAUUAUUGUAUUGAUUUAUUAUUUUUUAGUUUCAAGACUUAAAUUAUUUAUUUGUUUCUCAAUAAUUAAU